CUUUUGUCUUUUCAACAUGGCGGUCAAUCUUACCGAAUUGUCUCUCCCUCAGUUGGAAGGUUUGAAGACUCAGCUUGAUCAGGAGACAGAGUUUCUGACAUCAUCUAUAGCUCAGUUAAAAGUUGUUCAAACGAAAUAUGUAGAAGCUAGGGACAGUCUGAGUGUUCUCAAAAAGAGUAAUGAAGGAAAAGAGCUACUUGUACCACUUACCAGCUCUAUGUAUGUCCCUGGAACUCUAAAUGAUGUGGACCAUGUAUUAAUAGAUGUGGGAACAGGUUACUUUGUAGAGAAGACAGUGAAGGAUGGCAAGGAGUUUUUUAAGCGCAAAAUUGACUUCCUUACAAAACAGAUUGAGAAAAUUCAGCCUGCUCUGCAAGAAAAGCAUGCCAUGAAGCAAGCUGUGGUUGAAGUGAUGAACAUGAAGCUCCAGCAGCUGCACAGUCAACAAGCAUCACAGUCAGGCACCACCAAGGCCUAAAAGGACUUACACACACAAACACACACUAUACGUACACACAUUCACAUUCAACUACGUGCAUGUAAUAAUUCAUUCAUAUGUUGUAAGUUAUCAAUUCUCACACUCAUUAAAUAAAAUUUUUGUUCAACUUU